AUAGUUUGUUGUUGAUGUUUUGUUUGCGUUUUGUUGAGAUUGUUAUGAAUUAAAGAGCCUUUAUUUUAAAUAAGUAAUUGAAGAAAAUAAUUUUUAAUUUGAAGUGAAAUACAUCAAACUAAAAUGUUCAUUUAUAUGAGCAAGAAGAUUGCUAUACCCAAACAAUCAAAUGUAUCCUGCAUAUCAUGGAACCAUUCAUCUGGUUAUAUUGCUGUUGGUGGAGAAGAUGGCAUGUUAAAAGUCCUCAAAUUAGAAUCUGGAGGUGGAGGGAAUCUGUCAAUGAAUCUAAGCUUAGAAGGACACACAGGACAAUUGUGUGUUGCUAUAUGGAAUGAAGUAUUUCAGAAAUUGACUACUAGUGAUGAACAUGGAGUCAUCAUUGUCUGGAUGCUUUACAAGGGAUCUUGGUAUGAGGAGAUGAUAAAUAACAGAAACAAAUCAACUGUGAGGAGCAUGGCUUGGGGUUCCGAUGGACAAAAGAUUUGCAUAGCUUACGAGGAUGGAGCAGUUAUCGUAGGCUCAGUUGAUGGUUCGCGAGUUUGGGGUAAGGACAUCAAGGGUCCAGGAUUAGCUGCAGUGCAGUGGUCACCUGAUAAUUCGCAGUUACUGUUUGCGCUAACCAAUGGAGAGCUCCAUAUUUAUGACGAUCAAGGCAAUUUUACAAUGCCAGUAUCCAUUAAUGGCGUGUCGGGGUCAAUGGACAUAGUGACAAUGGACUGGUAUUCUGGUAGCGCUCCAGCUAAUCGACCUGUGCUGGCCAUAUCUUACAAGAGCGGUAUAAUAUUGCUCAUGAAAAAUUGUAAUGAGGAAGAUAGUGUGGUGGUAGAAUCAAACAUGUCAAUAAUAGACUGCCACUGGAACCACAAUGGCACCAUUCUCGCAGCUGCCGGCUUUACGUCGGACAAGACGAAUGUGGUUCAAUUUUUUAGUGCAUAUGGGGAGCAUAUACGUACCCUACGUGUUCCCGGCGGGAGUAUGAGAGCUCUGUCGUGGGAGAAGAAGUCGUUACGGCUCGCAAUCGCCAUUGACUCCUUUAUAUACUUUGCUAACGUCAAAAUGGAUCACAAGUACGCUUUUUACGGUAAUACACUGGCAUACGCUUCGGGAACAGAAACCGUCACCUUUUGGGAUACUGUUACUCAUCAGUCUUGGAUAAAUCAUAUACCGGAUGUCAUAGAUAUGUGUGCAGUUGACGAAUACUGCGUCAUUGCCACUUUGGGACAAAUCAUUAUAUCCAACCAGCAAGGAAUACAAUGUGACGCUAAAGCGGUAAAUAUACCAGUGGUUUAUGUGACUAUCAACAGCAAGGCGAUCGUUGUGGCAGCCUCUAAGGAAUCAUUCCUUAUAUGGAAAUUCUCCACUCCGACUAGACCCCGUGCUACAGAACAGUUGUAUCAAGCGGACGGGUCCCCCAUGUCGAGUGGCGAUACCGUUUUCCAGGACGAUACAAUUUGCUGCAUCGCAAGUUCAGACACACACCUCUUAAUUGGAAGAGAUUCCGGCUCCAUCUUACUGUUCUCUCUUGUAAAUUUUAAGAAAAUCACUUCGAUAAAUAUGAACUCCCGCCCCUAUAGGUUGGGCCUCAACUCUAAUUCUAGCAAGUUUUACGUGAUCGAUCAGCCAGGCUCGCUGUACUUGCUGGAGACUGAUAUGGCUAACAACAUAAGCAUAGGUCAAGCGCUACGGAAGGACGUGUGGAGCGCGCUGUGGGCCACCGACAACCCACAGAUGUUGGCGGUCGCAGAGAAAGCAAGGCUUUACGUUAUGAGGGACACUGAACCGGAGGAGCCUCUCACUAUGCAGGGAUACUUGUGCAAAUUUAAGGAAUUGGAGAUCACAUCCGCACUUCUGGACAAUGUGGACGAUAAAUGUACACCUCAACAUAUUGUGAGGGUGGAAGUCAAGUCUCUUAGAGAUACACGACAGCUUAUUGAAAAAGUGGGACUGAAGGAAGCAGAGAACUUUAUAAAGGAUAACCCACACCCUCAACUGUGGUUGUUACUAGCAGAAGCGGCGUUAAAGAAUUUUGAGACUGAAUCUGCACUGGAGACGGCAGAGGCAGCGUUUGUGCGACGCAACGAUUACGCUGGGAUUAAAUUCGUGUCUCGUUUGAACGCAUUGCAUUCUAAUGCUCUCAAAAAGGCUGAAAUAUUAGCCUACUUCAAAGAUUUCGAUGCUGCCGAAAAAAUAUACCACAAUGAAGAUAGAAGAGACCUAGCCAUAGCCCUUCGGAAACGCUUGGGUCAUUGGUUCCGCGUCGUCGAACUACUGAAGAUGUCGGCAAGCACAACUGAUGCGCAAGUCAAGCAGGCGUACAGCAACAUUGGCGAUUAUUACAUUGACAGACAGAAUUGGACCAGUGCACUGGAAUAUUACACCAUGUCGAAUAACACUGAAGGUUUGAAAAAAUGUUACAUGGCGCUUGAGGAUAACGAGUCUCUAUCCAAAUUAUUUACCACGUCACCGAGAAAUAAGGAGGUGGGCAUAACAAAACAAAGUUUGUUAAACGACCUUAAUGAAAGUAUUGGUCAAGUACCAUCAAUACAGGGCAUUAUCCAACUCAAGCAAAGCGGCAGGAUGACGCAAGCUGCGGAGAUGGCGUAUCAGGCAAGUCAUGUUAUACUCGAAAACGUAUAA